GCGCCUUUUACGACGCAACGGCCGCAGCGCGCUUGGCGGCUGGAGCGGAGCGAACGCUUAGCGGGUGGCGGCGCUCGGCCCGGGACGACUUGCGGGUGGCGGUGUCGCCAUGUCGCAUGGCCACAGUCACGGCGGGGGCGGCUGCCGCUGCGCCGCCGAACGGGAGGAGCCGCCUGAGCAGCGCGGCCUGGCCUAUGGCCUGUACCUGCGCAUCGACCUGGAGCGGCUGCAGUGCCUUAACGAGAGCCGCGAGGGCAGCGGCCGCACGGUCUUCAAGCCGUGGGAGGAGCGGACCGACCGCUCCAAGUUUGUUGAAAGUGAUGCAGAUGAAGAGCUUCUGUUUAAUAUUCCAUUUACAGGCAAUGUCAAGCUUAAAGGCAUCAUUAUAAUGGGAGAGGACGAUGACUCACACCCCUCUGAGAUGAGACUGUACAAGAAUAUUCCUCAGAUGUCCUUCGGUGAUACAGACAGGGAGCCAGAUCAGACCUUCAGCCUGAACCGGGAUCUUACGGGAGAAUUAGAGUACGCUACAAAAAUUUCUCGUUUUUCAAAUGUCUAUCAUCUCUCAAUUCAUAUUUCAAAAAACUUUGGAGCAGAUACCACAAAGGUCUUUUAUAUUGGCCUGAGAGGAGAGUGGACUGAGCUUCGCCGACAUGAGGUGACCAUCUGCAAUUAUGAAGCGUCGGCCAACCCAGCAGACCACAGGGUCCAUCAGGUUACCCCACAGACACACUUCAUUUCUUAAGGGCUGGCCAGGGCUCCCACUGCGGCGCUGUGUCAGUGAAGAUGAACAACAUCCUGCUGGGAAGGACUAAGAGAUGGGCUUCCGGAGAGCUGGCUGCCACGGCCUCUGCCAAGCUUGUCUUUGGGGCUUGCUGCAGAAACCUGGCCUAUGGAAGAUGCCAUACCACCGGGAGGGUGGUGUGGGUGCCCAGGGACAGUCAUGGUUCUUUAGGGCCCUCAGAAAUUGGGUCUUGGGCUGGUCAGCGUCUGGCAGUCAUGGAUAAUGCCUGCCUUUCCAGUCAGUGUGGCCAUGGGAUCCUGAGUGUCUUGUUUGUGGCAGGAUUUUUGUGUGACUUGCUUUUUCAAAAGUGGAAAUUAUUCCUGAGCUGCAGUAAAUUUUCUGAAGCCUCAGCAUUGUGUUUGCAUUAGCCAUCAAGAGGGUCUCCAACUAGAAAUACCUGUCCCUGCUUGCUGUUUCUCCCGGUCAUCGUUCAGCAUUCUUGUCAAGUUGCCCAGCUUGGAGUUGUCUGUCAUGUACGGGUGUCCCAGGUUAUGGCUAGAAGAGCAGGAAACUCCCAAUGAUGCUUAAUAGCUUGAGGAGAAGGUCUUUUUUUACUACCGCCUAUGUAAGCAGUCUGGGGUGAGCAUGGACAUCAUUCUGUGUUUGUGAGUACCCUGGUUGGGGUAAGAUUGGGACUUCAGUAAGAUCCCCCUCGGGACAUCCUUGAUGUUUAUUAGCUUCUAAUUAGUGUUGUAAGCCCAGUGCCGGAAUUUGGAGAUCUCAGUUCUUCUGUUCAUGGCUUUUUAUUCACCGUGACUAAUAAGCUUCGUAAUAAAUUCUUGCCAGACUU